CAGCCUCUCCCAGUCUCAUCCUCGCCAUCAUGAAGCUCGUUUAUCUAGGGAUUCUCCAAAAUGCUCAAGCUCCCGCCGUGGAGCUCUGCGCCGAGCGCGACCUCAGCAGCUACUCGCGCUUCACCAAAGGCAGCGUCAGUGAGUUCAUGACGAUGUUCAGUAAGACCGUCGCCGAACGGACGAAACAAGGACAGAGACAGGACAUUCAAGAGCAAGAUUUCACAUUCCACGUCUACGCGCGAACCCAAGGCAUCGCCGGAGUGAUCAUCAGCGACAAUGAGUAUCCGUCCCUGGCUGCUCACCAGAUCCUUUCGAAGAUGCUCGACGAGUUCCUCUCCCUGAAUCCCAACGCCGCCUCCUCCCGUGAUCCGGUGCCCUUCCCCUCCCUCAAGACCUACAUCCAGGCGUACCAGGACCCACACCAGGUGGAUAGCAUCCUCAAGAUUCAGAAGGAGCUGGACGAGACUAAGAUCGUUCUUCACAAAACCAUCGAGAGCGUCCUCGAGCGCGGUGAGAAGAUCGACGAUCUCGUGUCCAAGUCGGAGGGACUUAGUGCCCAGUCGAAGAUGUUCUACACCUCUGCGAAGAAGCAAAAUUCGUGCUGUGUGAUCAUGUGAGCAGCGCGUGGAUACCAACGCCGGUAACACCCAGUCGAGAUCCAUCCUCGACGCGACCCUCAAGAUAGAGGAAUUGGUGUGGGCCUGAAGAUCAUUUUUCUGUGAAUUAUUUGGAAGCGUUCUGUUGCUACAGGCAUUCGUUUAUGGUUUCUUUGACCACGCUGGAUUUGCAGGCACAUGCGGGACAGGUUUGAUUUACGGUAGACGAACAAAUAAGCCCGAGAGCAAUAAAGUGGCUUUAUGACUAGA